CAAUAAUAGCCCUGGAAACCCAAUAAUCAUACGCGACAGUUUUCCUUUUCCGGUUUUCCCCAACAGAAACAACUCACUGUGUGGUGUUGACGGAUUCCGGACCUGCCACCGGAAUAUGGAGCGAUUCAGGACUCCACGGCGAGUCCAAAUCGACGAAGCACAGGCGCUGAAGUACGAUACCGCCGAACCGAACGAUGGCGGACAGGAAGAUCGAGAAGAGAACGGGAUGCGACUGAGAUCAUCGGGGAGCAAGGUGACCGAAGAUCAGGAGCCGUUCAUGGGAGUCAAAGUCAGACGGAAAGCUUCUCGCCACCGUGACUAUCGAGGGGACUAUGUCGACGUGCCUUCGCGUCCCUACUUGAUGAAGAUUUUGGAAAAGCAAGGUGAUAAGACAGUUCUUUUUGCUGAUAAAGUUUUGAAGUUCACUGGUUCAGGGAAAAUGAAACAGCGUAUUCUUUUAAUAACAGACUUUGCUAUGUACAUUGUUGACCCGGAGACUGAUGCACUGAAACGCAGGAUAGCGCUGGCAGCAGUAGAAAGGAUGUGUUUAAGUGAAUUAAGUGAUAACUUUUUUGCAGUCAUAAUACCAACAGAGUAUGAUAUACUGAUGGCUAGUACUCGAAAAACUGAAAUUGUCACUGUCUUGGUUGAAGCAACUAAGAGUGCAGCUGACUACGAACUUGAGGUGGAUUUCUCUAAUAGGUUUGAAUAUCAUGCCACUGCUGAAUUAGUGAAGGAAGUUGAAUUUGAGGAAGUUGAAGGGGGCAUUAAAACAAGAAUUAUGAGGAAGUAAAUUGCAGUGUAUACUUGUGGCACCAAGGGCUUUGCAGGUAGAUCAGCAUGCUUGUAAAGGUGAAUGAUUCUUUGCUUAUUGCUUGCUGGAUUCUGGUUUAGCUUUUGGCCGAACCUCAUGCAAAUCUGUAGUUAUUGUUUCCUUCCAUAUGUUGUGUGUAAUUUUUUUGUUCCAAAAGGAAAGAAACCAUAUCAUUGUUCAAGUGUAAACCAAUUUCAUCUGGGAUGUAUGAAAUUUGAUUGCUUAGACUUUCAAAUUGAUAUAGUAGUUUUUCUCCAUGGUGGAAGAUUUACUAUGCACACCUCUCUUAUCUUUUCAGUUUACCCGUUUGUAUCCACAUGCUACACUUUUGAGAUAACAGAUUCAAGCAUUAAAUCUGACUGCUAUAUUUCAUCUA